ACUUCUUGCGGGCUCAGUAGGAGGUGGCUGACGGACUUGCUGAAAAGUUUUCCAAAAUCGCAAAGGUUGAUGCUAAUUAACAGGACUCAUCAUGAAUGUGGAACAUGAAGUGAAACUCUUGGUGCAAGAAAUAAAGAGACUUGGAUCACCUAAUGCUGACGGACAAAUCACCGUCAAGUUUGGAGUGAUUUUUAGUGAUGAUCGCUGUGCAAACAUAUUUGAAGCCCUUGUGGGAACUCUUAAAGCUGCUAAGAGAAAGAAGAUUGUAAACUACAAAGGUGAAUUACUACUUCAAGGUGUGCAUGACGAUGUGGACAUUGUGUUGCUUAAAGAUGAAGAAUAGAUCACUUUAUUUAAAUACAAUUUCACCAAAAUUGUACAAAAUGACUGCAGCUGUGGCUGAUCUCUAAAUCUCUACUUUCUGAGAUUUCAAUUAACUUUUUUAUAUUCAUGAAUUUAAAUAAAGAUUAUCCUUUAUAAAAUUAUAGUGUUAUUAGAUCUUUGAAAUUUGUCAAUGGCCGAGCAAAGUACUUUCUACAAGCAUUUUUGUUUACUAAUGAAAUGUAAUAAAUUUUACUCUCAUGAAAUAUGUAUGUUUAGUGCUUAAUUUUAGUGAUGCAUUUUCAGGUAUUUUUCAUUGUUGGGACAUGGGACAUCCAAAACAAAGAAAACCCAAGCUUGAUUGGUUGGAUUUCCAUUGAAUUCUUUUUGCAUUCACCCUACCAGAUUAUUUACCAGUUGACAGGGCUUUCAUUUACAGCCAGGCAUCGGGCAAAUUGACCAGCUGUGAGGAUGAUUUUGACCGCCUGGUAUGACCAUCUAGGUUGUUGGAAAAGGGCUAUUUGCUAGCUGACACUGUCAUUUUGAAUUUCUUUGGUUUUAUUAUCUCCACAAUUUAGUGAUAAUUCAAUCUGAAAUACAACACUCUAGAUUCAUUUCCUAUUAGAUUUCAUUUAUUGUGAACUGGACAUCUAAUAAUAUUGUAACCAAAAAUAAUAAUCUCUUUAAGGGAAUAACAGAUCAGAGUUACCCUUAAGUUUCUUUUUUUUUUUUUUUUU